CAAUUAUCACCCGCAUGUUCAUGUGCUGACAUGAUUUAUCAAUAUAACGUAAAGAACCGUUGCUUAUAUUCUUUCUCCACAUAUUGCACAGAUUGAUAAACACUAGCACAGAAAAAAAUGUCAAAAUCAGACACUGAUGCGCCUCCUAUGGUUGGUGGAGAUGGCACUUGCAGCUAUUACAAGAACUCCUACUUGCAGAGAAGAAGUGCAAAUGUAGUUAAAGAAAAAAUUGACGAGGAGAUUGCUAAGAAAUUGGACUUCCAUAAUCUUCCAAUUGCUUCCAACACAUUCCGUCUUGCAGAUUUAGGAUGUUCAGUAGGACCAAACACAUAUUUCCAUGUCCAAGAUUUGCUAGAAGCUAUCAAGCAGAAGUAUGAAAUGCAAUUCCACACCUCCCAAAUUCCAGAAUUUCAAGUUUUCUUCAAUGAUCAACCAAUGAACGAUUUUAAUACCCUCUUCAACAAUCUCCCACAGGAAAGACAAUACUUUGCAGCUGGUGUGCCAGGCUCUUUCUACGAUCGAUUAUUUCCCGAGUCCUUUCUCUACUUUGUGCACUGCUCUAUUUCACUUCAUUGGCUGUCUAAGCUGCCAGAACAAUUGUUGGACAAGAAUUCUCCUGCAUGGAAUAGAGGAAGAAUUCACUACACAAAUGCACCAAAUGAGGUUGUCAACGCAUAUGCAUCUCAAUUUGGCAAGGACAUGAAGAACUUUUUGAAUGCAAGAUCUAAAGAGCUUGUGUCUGGAGGGAUGAUUGUGAUAAUCUCACAAGGUAUCCCUAAUGGGAUGCUUUAUUCUGAGCUCCAAAAUGGCGUUAUGUUUGAGUGUAUGUCACUGAGCCUUAUGGAUAUGGUGAAAGAGGGAGUAGUCUCUGAAGCUCAAGUGGACUCCUUCAACCUGCCAUUUUACGCUGCUUCUCCAGACGAGAUGACAGAAAUUGUGGAAAGAAAUGGAUUUUUCAACAUUGAGAGAAUGGAAUUGAAUGACCCAGCAGCAUGGCUGAAAAGACGGAUUAAUAUACCUGAAUGGGUAGUGCAUGUAAGAGCUGCAAUGGAGGAAUCAUUCAGAAAACAUUUUGGAGGAGAAGUCCUGGAUGAAUUCUUUGAUCGCUUAACGAAAAAGCUUAGAAUGUUUUCUGAUGAGCUGGAGUUAAAAUACAGGGAAAAAACUCUUCUUUUAGUUGUUUUAAAGCGUCAAUGAGUUAGAGGGAGAUACAAUGGAGGAAUUCUUCAGCAUUGUCGUCAUUUCACUAACGCAAUUUCUCUGAUGUAUCACAGAGACAAAGCAUGGAUACUAAAUCCUGCCACCAUAUCUAAACCAAUCUUCGUGCUGCUCAAAUCUUGUAACCGAGCAAAACCCAUCAUCAAAGCCCGAAGUAUUUAGACCAAUCUUUUAUUUAUAUUUUUCCAUCUUGUUUUUUAUGAAAAAUAUAAUUUUAAAUAUACA